AUGGUUCGUAUGACGUCGCGCGCCUUGUGCGUUGUUGCGGUCCUCAUCGUCUGUAUUCCUCUAUAUUUGAUCUUCAAUCAUUCUGAUCAUGGAGGAAGCUUCAGCAGUUAUAUCAAUAUCCAAACAUUCGCAGAAGAUGACACGAAUGAGAAGUCGUACGGUGUCAUUAUGGACGCAGGUUCUACGGGCACUCGACUCUUUUUGUAUACCUGGACGAGCACCUCAGAUAAAGAACUAAUCGAUGUUGUUCCUGCACUCGAUCAUCUGAAUAAUCAUGUAGUCAAGAAAGUGUAUCCAGGGCUCAGUUUCUUCCAUGAUCGUCCCGAACAAGCUGCAGAAUACAUAAAACCAUUACUGGAUUAUGCAUCACAGUUCAUACCUCACGAGAAGUUGCCAUACACACCUGUCUUUCUUUUGGCUACGGCUGGAAUGCGACUCGUUCCUGCAAAGCAACAAGCUGCAAUUCUAGCCGAUCUUCACACAAAGUUGCCUCAAAUGACACCGAUGCAGAUUAUGAAGGAGCAUAUAAGAGUUAUCGAAGGCAAAUGGGAGGGCAUUUAUAGCUGGAUCGCUGUGAACUAUAUCCUAGGUAAAUUCAAGAUAAAGAAUGGUUCCGUUACUUCGCGGCCGGAUACGGUGGGAAUGAUUGACAUGGGAGGUGCAAGCAUGCAAAUUGCAUUCGAAAUGCCACCAAAGGACGAAUUUCGCAGUGAAAAUGUAGAAAAUGUCAACCUUGGCUGCCGUGACGAUGACGACAGGCACAAGUACAAACUUUUUGUCACAACGUUCUUAGGCUAUGGCGUCAACGAAGGCCUUCGAAAGUACGAGCAACAGCUAAGCGAUCAGCUCUUGUCGACCAAGGAGAGCUAUGUUAGAGAUGAGUGUAUGCCUGUUAAUCUGCAGAAGGUGAUCAAUCGAAGCGAUGGUUCAAUGUUUGUACGAAAGGGAAUCGGAGACUGGGAAGGAUGUGUUAAACGACUGUCAAAUUUACUUACAAGACCCUAUGUGCAUCCAAAAUCUCUCUGUAGACCGAACUGCUUCUUGGGAAAUGUUGCUGCUCCGAUGGUUUCCCUCUCCAGUAUGACAUUGUAUGGAUUCUCUGAAUACUGGUAUUCUCUCGAUGAAGUGUUGUCGCUUGGUGGACGCUACAAUUAUACCCUAAUCGCUGAGAAGUCGAAACAGUACUGUUCGCAACGGUGGUCAGCCAUACAGGCUGCUGCACGGCGGAAACUGUAUCCCAAAUCGAACGAAGAUCGCUUGAAAUCGCAGUGCUUUAAGUCAGCUUGGAUUGCAGCAGUACUACAUGAAGGGUUCGCGGUUGACAAGGAGCACAACAAUUUUCAGACUACGUUCAACAUUGCUGGUCAAGAAGUUCAGUGGGCGCUCGGCGCGAUGAUUUACCACAUGCGUUACUUCCCUCUGCGUAACAGUGCAACCAACUUGGUAGUGAGCAAACAUCCCCAGGACACUUCAUUACCGUCGUCGUUCUCCCUCUGGCUACUGAUGGGUGCCAUGAUUGUCCUUGUAGCAGCGUUUGCCUUGUUCAUUCUCAAAGAAGACAUAUCGACUGGUAUGAGGCGGAAUCGGUCCAUUUGGAGCUACAUGAUGCUGAACUCGAGUGAUUCAACAAGUCUGUCUUCCUUUCGUUCGGUCGGCUAUGCGUAG